UAUCGGUUUGGAUACUACCGAGCCUCUUGAUCACCUCCAUACCACCACUUUACAAUCUACAAAACAACCAUUUGAAAAAAAUUGAAAUCAAAGAAACAUUUCACCGCUAUCUUACUAAAAUUUGGGACGUUAUUGGAUUAGAUGAUGUUGAGAACCUGAUGUAUCUGUAAGCGCUUAUGCUUGUUUGUGUUUUCUUCUCCCUUCUAGGCUUGUAGCUAGGUUUUAAUUGAUUUGAAAACAUUUUAUUUUAUUUUGUUUGGAUGUUUUUGUUGUUCUUUACCAUACCUGGCUCAUUUUGGAAGGAGUAUCAAAGAAGGUCACAAAUCGGAUCAUUUCUCUUUAGCCAUCCUCGAAUUCUAUUUACUUGACUAGUCUUUCACAUGUGCUCUGUAAUACUUGUAUUGCAUACAUAUGGGAUAAUUUUUUACACAAAAAGGACUUGUAUGUUAUGAGAAAACGAGCUUGGCUUGACGGAUUACAAGAGAAGCGUCAUCAUGUCUUUGACUAGUGGCAAACCAAAAUGAGCAAAAAUUUAUUGUUCAACAUGUAACAUUCAGAACUUCAUCUACUACUUUAUAACAUUCAGAAUUAAAUUAUGUUUUUUUUUGCAUACCUACGUAUGCCAACUUCAUAAUUUUAAAUAUGAUAUUUUUAGCUUUCUUUUAUUUUGAAUUAUUAGCUGAGACCCAGUAAAGUGGGGAAAGUAAGAAGCAACAACUCCUCUUAUUCCCGGACUCUAACAAAUCAACUAAAGUAAAUAUUAAACACUUACAGGCUCAUCACUGAUUAGCUGCUAAUUAUUUCUAACCAGUCAUUACUUAAAACCAGGACUAUAUAAAUACUUGUCCACCUUCCAUUAGUCUCCCACCACAAGUAGAAAACACUUCAAUACACAAACAACACACUUCUUCUUUCUUUGAAUCCCAAUUGCAAGAGAGAAUGGCGAAAGAGUCCACCACCAUUGAGGUUGGCGAGCCGAGCACCGUGACCAAAAGUACAAGCCAUGAGAAGAAGAAGGGCUUUGUGGCAGCAGCUGCAGGAGGAGGCCAUAAGAGAGGUUUGGCCAUAUUUGAUUUCCUCCUCCGUUUGGCGGCCAUAGGAAUCACCAUCGGGGCUUCCUCCGUCAUGUUCACCGCCGAGGAGACACUGCCUUUCUUUACUCAGUUCUUACAGUUCCAAGCCGGUUACGAUGACUUCCCGACAUUUCAGUUCUUUGUGAUAUCAAUAGCCAUCGUAGCCAGCUAUCUCGUCCUAGCACUUCCCUUCUCCAUCGUAACUAUUGUACGUCCACUUGCGGUUGUACCCCGGCUCAUCCUCCUCAUCUCUGACACCGUGGUCUUAACACUUACCACAUCAGCUGCUGCUGCGGCAGCAUCAAUUGUCUACCUUGCACAUAACGGCAACGCGAACACCAAUUGGCUCCCUAUUUGUCAGCAAUUUGGUGACUUCUGCCAAACCGCGAGUACUGCAGUUGUAGCCGCUUCUAUCUCUGUUGUCUUCUUCGUCCUUCUCAUAGUCAUCUCAGCCAUUGCCUUAAAAAGGCAUUGAUUUAAUAUUUUCCACUUGUCAAGAUGGAAAAUGGAUCUAGUGUCUUCAUGUAUAUGUGUGUAGCGUGUGCUUUGUGUAACAUGAGAGUUAUAAGUAUAUGGUAUCAUUAUGGUGUUAAAAAUGUAAGUUCAUAUAUAUAUUUUAAGAAGAUUUGUCUUGGUUCAGCUUGAAAACAAUGAAAAUUUGUGAGGAUGUUUAUACAAAUGAUUUUGCAUUCGAACCAUCA